CUCGCGAUGUACUUGGAUCCAUCUUCCCGCCAAUAAUAUGAAGUGGGCAGAGGUACUUGAAAACGUUGGACCGACCCGAUCUUGUAAACUGACCGCUCUGACUUCAAACAGAUCCUCAUCUUGCAAGUGUUAGGGCAGCAGAGACGGGACAGGAUGCUGCGCCACGAGCUGUGGACAAGCCGUCAGAUACGUGGCUCUGAAAGAUCUUAUAUCUCUUUCAUGAGACCUGGUUGCGAGGAAAUUGGGGAAUCCAACGGGUUUGUUAUAUUCAUGCCCUACCUCCACUGGGAGACCCAGAGAAAGCAACGGCAAUUGGAGGCCUUCAGCCUCUGCAAAUUUCUGCUGGAAUCAGAGGCAGACAGACUUCCUUCCCUUGUGAAGCAGCUAUCCACCGAGAAUAAUGACAUCCUCAACACUUUUGCGGAAACCGAGUCCAAUGAUCCUAAAAUUGCAGCGCUCGGUCAGGAGCUCCUGCAAUUUCUGACGACCGUAGAAAGUUCAAAAGCAAAUAAAGUGUCUGCACAGGCACAGCUCAAACAGGCCCUACAGGCCUAUAGGGAGGAUGCCUGCGCGUCAGAUCGGGAUUUGCGUCUCUUCAACUCGUACGCGACUCGGCACAAUGUCAAACAUCCUCUUCAUAUCCGCAGAACGCUUGAUCAAUCGUUCUACUAUACGUUAGAUAACACAUCUACGCGCAACAAAGAUCAAGUGGUAGCACGUUAUGGUCGAAAAGAAGGGAGAAAGGAACCUAUUGUCAUGAUGGUAGACCAGCUGUGGCUCUGGUGCUCAGGGGGGACUUUGAUUACUUGCUUUCCACAAAGACGCGAAUGCAAUCCUGAUGACCCAGACCGGUUCGAGAUGACUGAUAUACUGGAAAAUAUCCUGCAUUCAAUCUCUCCAGGUGUCAAGAGGAAAGCAGGCUUGGAAGGACCACUAUGGCUGAUCCAAGGCAUUAUCAAUGAAUGCGCUGGGGCAUUUUUUGAUCCGAUGAAAAACGUGGAUGACGACUUUAAGUUUUUGGAUAUGUUCAGUAAUUCAAUCAGCAGAAUAGCUGACGGAGAAGUUGCCUGCUACGAGCGCUUCGUCAAGAUGCUACACAUAUCCAAUCAGCAGAACCUUAUGGAUAUAGACACCGAGUCCGACCUUUUGCGAGAGAUUAAGGAUAUUCUCGAUGAACUCCGGAUGAUAAGGGUAGUUAUGGAAGAUCAACUAAAAGUCAUUGUGGCCAUCGGAAAGGUACAAGAUUCUCGAGUCUUGGGUGGUGUACGGGAAUCGGUCGAACGCUACCUUGACAAAGUUCAGUCCAUGCAGAACGAGGGACAAGCGACGGUAAAUUCGCUGAAUGCCUUGAUGGACCUGCGGCAGCGACACGCGACCCUCUGGGAGGCCAAAUCCACCGGGAUGCAAGGGAAUACCAUUAUGGUUUUUACUGUGGUCACCAUUCUCUUUUUACCUGCCUCAUUCAUGGCCUCCUUCUUUGCGUUGCCCAUCAUGCAGUUCUCCAAAGCCGAGAGCUCGGACAGUCUCGACCUGUCAUAUGUGGUGAAAUGGCUAGUGGCUUUUACCGUGCCGGUCGCCUUCUUCUUCAUUUCGAUUGCCUUCUACAUCAAUGACAUUCUGAAGUUCCUGUCCCGGAUUACUGGACAUGAAAGACGAGUUACUAGAUUGUCCGCCGAGACUUGGAAACAACAAAUCGGGCAGGGCAUCAUUGCACCUGGGUCAGAUGGCCGGCAAGUUCGUGACGGUUUCGAGAAGGCAAAUGGAGAUGCAGUUUCACAGCACAGUCAAGACAAGCUGAAUGCUCAAUCGGCGGCUCGGCGGAGAAAGCUGUUCCGAUUCCAUAAUCGGGAUAUGGAUAGUCCAGCUUAAGGCUGAGGUAGGCAAGGAGACCAAUCGGAUAUAAUUCGAGAAAACCCUUCUUCCCAGUGGGGAAACUCCCGACUGUCGCCGCUGUCAUUGGAGACGGUCUUAGUCAAGACUUCUUGGUCCUCUUCUACUGUGAGCAUAGAGAAUGCAUGUAGUCCGCUUAUGCUGUAAGUCGUUCAUUGGACAAUAUAUAUUCCGUUUUGUCGAGUAUUCUUUGGAAACACAACCUUAUCUGC